GGGAACUUUUCAUUGGUCUUUUGCCUAACAGUGCUCCUCCAAAGAAUAGUGUGGGUCACAUUGGUUUGUUUUGUCUUGGCACUCCUGACACAUGCCAUCCUCUCUUUUGCUCGCAAUGAGAAGGACUUGAUACUUGACCUCAAGCCCAAGAUUAUUGAUUGCAUCGACCAAAUGAAGCGAUCGCGCUCUUGCCCCCCUUUGCAUUUAUCUCCAAAGCGCGUUCAGACAACCGCUGUAUCUCCUUCGUCCACACGCUCUUUACAACGGUCGCGGUCCAGCAGCCCAUCCCGACCAAGUGAAGCACAAUAUCGUCAAGGACCUCUCCGGCGUGCAAAUAUCCGUGUCGAUGAUGAGAUUCCCAUGGAAAUCAGUCUGUAUACAGAUAGCAAUGUUUUCCAUACUUUAGAUAAUAAUAUUGAUCUAUACAAGAUCUCUGAAAAGCUCUGGAGUAAAUCUAAAGAACUUGUUAAAAAACCAUCAGGGGAAGCUAAAUGGACAGAAGCUUUAUAUACAGUAAUUAAUGAGUUGAAGCCCCCUGGGCUUAAAAUUACAACUACUAACAGCCUAUCUCCACAUCCACAUGCUUCCCACGCAAUCGAAGCAGCCAUUCCUGUAUUUAAGCUCAAGGAUCCCCGGCCAGAUAUAUGUGUCGGUUUGUCCAACAAGAACUUGGCAACCGCGCUUGAGCCUAAGAAGGAUACCUCUAGCCUAAUCAGUGAUCCCUAUAUCACUCCCUUAGGUCUUCGGUUUCCCUUUCUAAUAGUCGAAGCAAAGGCCGUAGGUGGCUCAACAGCGCUCCAGAUCUUCAAGAAUCUUUCAGACCUUAAUGAUGUCCAGGAUUUGGACGAAGUAAUCCAGGAAAUCAUUGAAGACAGUCCUGGAUCAGCCCAAGGGUUGUCUGACAGCAUAGUACACCUCGCCUUUUCUGUCAUGACGGAGGGCCCGAUUCACGAAUUAUGGCUCCACUUUCAGAGAGCCAAAGAAGAAGACUUCUCCAUGGUAUGUUUGGGAACUUGGAGAACGACGUUGAGGGACGGCUCGUUAAAUUUCUUGCGUCAUCUCCUAGCAGUAUCGAGAUGGGGAAACGGUGCAUUAAAGAAUGGUAUUGUUAGCAUACUUGAAGGUUUAUAA